CGUAAAGCGGAAAGCGAUGGCGGCCCUGCACGAACUGGCCGUGCAACGCUGCGGGUGCUGCAGAGGAUCGCAGACUGACCGGGAGUCGCGGUUCCCGCAUUCGCUGGCGCCUCCGUCCGGCAGCGAGGGAACUGCCGGACCGGAAGAGGGAGCCGCCUCCGGCUCACCACUGGUGGAAACUGACCAACUCGCACCUCCGAAGUGGGAGAUCCGGCAAGUGUGCGUUAAAGAAGAAACUCCGCCUGAAGUACUUGCUGAUGAUCCAGUUUCCAUUUCUGAUGCGCAGAUCAUAAAGGAAGAGGUUCUUGAAGAUCCAGCAGCAGACUCGGGGUUCAGUGUAUUUAUUAAAGAGGAUCCAGAUUUAGAUUUAGGAGUGGAUGCAAAUGACAAUAAAGAGGCAGCCACAAGCGGAUACACUUCAGAUAUUACACGACCCGCAGUGUGGCGAGAUGUUCGAGAAUGGCAAAUUCUGCUGCCGGCACGUGAAGAGACCGAACUGCAGGGGUCUCGUGGUGGCGGUGCCCACGCGCCUUUUGCAUCCGCACCUCGGCCGCCGCGAACACCACCGCCGGCAACACGACACACCCUACACGAGCCCGUCAGAAUACCGGCAGCUGCCGGAGACCGCAGGCGGCGCUGCCGUAGGCGGCGCCGAGACGCGACCGUCCCAUCCGCUCUGCACUGGGUACGAGGACUGCACGCAUCUUUGUCGCACAGCACCGCCACCUCGACCCCGGCCGGCUCGUCGGUUUCUGAGGUCGGCGGCACCGGACGGGCCGCCCUCGACUCGUCACAAUCUGGCUCUGGCCGUGGCCGACGCGGCGGUGAGAACCGGACGUGGGACGAGACGAAACUGGCGGAAGCCGCCACUGUUCCGACCUCUGCAUCUGGCCGCACUGCCACCGGUGACGGCUCUGGGGGAACCGCCACGGGCAGUGCUACUGGUGGGGUGGACGAAGAGCGGCUUUUCGGCGAUACCGGCUCGGCCCGUACUGUCGACACGAAGCCGCCGAUCUGCUACGCGAAGCUCAUCGCUAUGGCCAUAGCGGAUUCACCGCAGAGGAGGGCGACUGUGACUGAGAUUUACGCCUACAUCGUGAGCCACUUCCCCUACUACGAGCGCAACAAGAAGGCCUGGCAAAAAUCGAUCCGCAACAUCCUGUCGCUCGGCAAGUACUUCGUCAAAGUGCCGCGGGAGGACGGCAACCGCAAGGGCGAGUGCUGCUGCUUCUGGAUGCUCAACUGGAAAUACAAGGAGAGGUUCGCGAGUGCCAACUUCCGCUGGAAGCAGUCCACGAAGCGGCCAGUCCGCAGGGGUCCGAAGGCGAUCACCACACCUUUAGCGCCCUGCGAGAAAACUGUCACCUCGCUGCACUGCGCCAGGACUGCCACCCCAACCUCCACACGUGUGUCAGUCUCCGAUGUCGGGAACCCUGGCAAGGAUGCCUCCGACUCGUCCCACCCUUACGGUGACCACAGCCGGGACUUCUCGGCGUCAGACGCGAUGACGUCUGUGAGCGACGCUGCAACUGCAACUACAUCUAGUGGCAUUGGCAACUGCGGUGGCAGAGACAACUAUGCCAACAGUGGGGGAACCACCGUGUGCAGUGCUGCCAGUGGGGUGAACGAGGAGCAGCGCCGUGGCGGUGCAGGCUCAGCCAGUACUGCCAACACGAGGCCACCAUUCUGCUAUGUGAUGCUUGCUGCUAUGGCCAUUGCACAUUCGCCACACAGGAGGGCGACGCAGUCGGAGAUCUGCGCCUACAUCGAGAACCGUUUCCCGUACUUUGAUCGCAAGAAGAAGGUCUGGCGCAGCUCGGUCCGGGCGUACCUGUCGCUCGGCAAGUACUUCGUCAAAGUGCCGCGGGAGGAUGGCGAUCAUGGGGAGCACUACUGGACGCUCGACCCGCAGUACGUGGACGUGUUCAACUUCGGCGGCUUCCGCGACUACCCGUGCGUGAAGCGGACGUUCUGCAGGCGGUGCGAGAAGCAGCCGUUUCUCGGGCCCCGGGAGCGGUGACGCCUCUGAGAGUGCCCGACGCCACCGCCAGCCCCACCCGCCAUCUCCAGAUCGCGCGACGCAGCCCCACCGUGUCGGAGCAUCUCGAGCUGCCGGCUGCUGCCGACAGGUUGCAGUGCGGUCCCACGCCUCUCUCGACUGCCGUCACCGCCUGCCCGUACUGUGCCACGUGCGACCACAGGUCUACCCAAAUUUCUGACGGGUACAACAGUGCUCC